AUGGAAAAUCUUCACGUUUUUGCCAAAGAUGGCACAUUAGAUCGUGCCAAGAUCCAGAAAUAUCUCAUUCGUCAGCCCAUUGACGACGAAGAUGACUACGGCGAGACUCCGCUCCAGCUGGCCAUCAAAGGUGGCCAUGUGAGCGCUGUAAAGCUUCUCUUGCAGAACGGCGCCGAUGCCAAUUUGAAAGCCCCAGAUGGAAGGUCUCCUCUAUACUUAGCCGCCCAAGCACCAGCCAAUAACGCUCGCAUUGCUGAGCUUCUGCUGAACCACAAAGCUCGUGUUGAUGAUCGAGUUUCCCAGCUGGGUAAUGACACCCCCAUCAUGGAGGCGAUCAGACGGGGCACAAGUCCUGAGCUCAUUAAACUUCUCGUUGAGCAUGGGGCGUCUCUGAAAAAUCCCAACCUGAAGGGAGAGACUGGACGCAGUCUUGCGGACAAGUCAACCAACACUGCUGUCCACAAGGCUUUGCGUCCGAAGGAUGAAACACCAACAUGGAAACCCGAGUUGGAGAACCUCCUUGUCAGCUCUGGCCUCUUUGCACUCGCCUACUUUAACAAUUUCAAGGACGUUGGAGUAAAUGCCUUCAAUCGCCUGGCUGCUCUCAAUGCUGAUUCGCAAACGGCCAAGGAGGAUUACCCUCAGACGGAGGAAGAAUUCAAAAAGGCGAUUGAAGGAUUCGUCUCGCGAAAUGGACUGGAGGACUUCUAUCCCCAAAACAACGAAUACGUUAAGGGGGUCUCAGAGAAGGCCGCCGAACUGCUUCGCGAAGGCCCCUCCACGGCGGACGAGUCGAAGAAGAUCUUGAUCAUGUCUCACCUUGCACUGUAUCAACCUAUUCUUUACGCUGAUGACAGUGGCUCAAUGCAAGACACGGAUGGAAAAGACGACACUCGGAUGGUUCGCCAGGCCCUUAUAGUGGAGCGGAUUGCCGAGCAGACAAAUGACGGAGGUGGCAAUGACCUGCACCCUGAUGAUCUGCCCCCCAGAAUGAAUUUCACUCCUAGUGGAAGUACCAAGCUUGGUACGAACCUCAAAGGCAAGAUCCUGGAUGAGUUCCUCUAUAAGAAGCUUGAUGCGGGUGAAGACUUGGAGAAGCCUCUUCUCAUCUUGACUGUUACCGACGGUGCUCCUAAUGAAGAAGACAAAGAUGAAUUCCGCAAACAGAUUGAAGCAUCUUUUACUUACGUCGCAUCCAAGGGAUAUGGCCCAGAUGCUCUGAAGUACAGCCUGAAUCAGAUCGGCAAUGCCCCAGAAGCAACCGACUUUUUGUCAAGCUGGGAAGGAAACCCUCUUUUAGCCACUGAACAGGUCAGGGUGAAUACCGAGCAACUUGAUGCGAGAUUUGAUGAGUUCUAUAACAACGAUGACUUCGAUGGAUGGUUGCUCAAAGUUCUCAACCCGGACGAUAAGGUUCAGUAUUAA